GGACACCGGUAUCCAGUCCUGGAGGAGGAGGAGAUAGCCGGCUGAAACAGCGAACACGCCGACAGGAUACAACAUCCGAGACCGACAUGGCCAAGAACAGAGGCAGAAACCGUGAGGAUCUUGUAGAGGAACAACCGAGACCCUCGAAAGAAUCUCAAACCCUUAAAGGAGUCCAGACGCCAGGAGAAGCUUCAGCACGCAUGUCAAUCCUCAUCUUCGUCUCCAUCUUUGCCUGUUCAGCUUGUGUCAUGUACCUGCUGUUCAAAUAUUUUCCAGAGCUGAGCGAAGAUGAGAGGGGAAACAUCAAAAUUCCUAAAGACAUGGACGAUGCCAAGGCGUUGGGCACAGUGCUAUCCAAAUACAAGGACACUUAUUACACUCAAGUACUUUUAGCGUACUUUUCUACAUAUAUCUUCCUUCAGACGUUUGCCAUUCCAGGCUCCAUAUUUCUCAGCAUACUGUCUGGAUAUCUUUACCCUUUUCCUCUAGCUCUCUUCCUGGUCUGUCUGUGUUCAGGCCUAGGUGCGUCUUUUUGCUAUAUGCUGUCUUAUUUAGUCGGGAGACCAAUAGUCUACAAGUACCUGACAGAGAGAGUGCAGAAAUGGUCACAACAGGUAGACAAGCACAGAGAACACCUCAUUAAUUACAUAAUUUUCCUGAGGAUAACACCGUUCCUUCCAAACUGGUUCAUCAAUAUCACCUCACCGGUCAUAAAUGUGCCUCUUGGUGUCUUUUUCCUGGGCACCUUUCUUGGAGUAGCCCCUCCAUCCUUUGUGGCGAUAAACGCAGGCACGACGCUGUAUAAGUUAACCACAGCUGGAGAGGCAGUGUCUUGGAACUCUCUCCUCGUGUUGGGCAUUCUGGCUGUUGUCUCCAUCCUACCCGUUUGCUUUCAGAAGAAACUCCAACAGAAGCUUGAGUAGACUUCUAGAGCCCUUCUUGAUCCAGCUCAGGAAUGAUAACAGUCCUCUUACGGCCAACUUCUGUUUUCGACUCUUCUUUUAUGCAUGUACUGUACCACAAACUCUCAUUUUACUCAUUUGACUUCAUAUGACUGGUGACAGCCAACCAAUGAAUGUCAGUGACGGACUGGCCUAGAUAUGCUUCUUUGCAUUGCUUUCAUGGAAUGAAAAGUCUACCAUCUAACGUUAAGCAAUAUUUUCCAUGUCAGUGUCUUCAGAGGUUUUAAACCCCCCCCAAUAUUUUUCUAAACAACAGCAAUGUAAUUAAAAAAAAUCUAGAGGAAGAAUUCUUUAAUAUGUACGAUACACUGGAAAAUGCACAUUUUCACUCCUUUAUUUUUUUUAAUGGCUUUCUGCUUUUCUUUUUGUAACAGUAUUUAAUUAAUUCUAAUAUUAUUUCUAAUGCAAGCUAAGAAUGCGGUUGGAAAUAGCAAUCUCGAUGUUGGAGGUCUCCCAACAGUGCCCUGAGUACUGCUGUUAACUUUAGGUGAUAGUGCUUAGCUUGUUAUAGCCGCUUCAUUUUUACCCUAACCAAUUCAUGAAAUUGGAUGAUACCACAUUAGUAUAAGAGAUCGAAACUGUGGAUUGCAUUUGUUUAGAUUUUAGGUUACCUGAUGUACUAGAAAUUAUGUCACUCAACUAAACCAUUAGCACCCAAUAUGGCAUUUCAAAAACUUUGCCUGUUUGUUAAUGGCAAAUUGUAGUCACUUUUUAACCUUAAAAAACGCAAUAUCUUUACAUUUGAAUGCAACUCUUCUUUUUUUUUAAAUAGUCAAAUUGCCAAAUUAUUUUGAGCUUCUUGAAAUAGUUCUGAUAAGUAGAUAAUAUAAGGACAUAGUUAGGCCAGUGUGUAGGUUAUAAUUUAUAUUUUAUCCACAAAACAGCGGGAAGUAUUAAUUCUGAGCUUUAGAUUGGUUAUUUGGAAAUCUAUGAGGUUUCCUGGACCUACGUCAAGCUGUUGUAAAGGAUUUUAAAUUGAAUAUUUUUAUUUCAACCCAUUUUUAAUGGCUAAGGUACAAUUUGCUGUAUUUAUUUUUGUUAUUCUUGAAAACUAUUUCUGACUGAUCUUGUUAACACCUUCAAAAUGGGUCGAAAAGUUCAGUAUACUACGUUAGCAUGAAGUUGGGGACUGAAUUAGCAAGAUGCACGAGGAUGAAUGAACAUCGUCUGCACUGAACUUUCACUUAUGUGAGGGAUUGAGAGGGAAGGGAUUGUUGUUAUAUUUGUUCUCUUGGAUUAAUAAUUGUUUGCUGUCUAUUUCCACCCUAGUACCUCAGAAAGCUGUUUAGUUGUCAAGAAGUGAGAGAGCAGAUGUGACUAAUGUAGUAGUUCUGCAACAGUUUUGAGUUGCAAAUAUUCUGUAUUUGGUAUGAUGACGAUCGGUUUAUUGAUUAUCUCUCGGACCCAAUUGCAAUUUCCUAAAUUAUAACCUGAUUUUUCUUUAGCAUAUUUUUACAGAGCUGUUUUAUCCAUAAAUUAUGGUUACUGCUCACAGUAUUACAUAAGUUUAAUUUAAAACUUAUUUAAAAAAAAAAGCUAUUCACUUUUUAGCUCGUCUUUUCCAACUUCUUGAAACACGUAAUAUGAAGAUAUUUAUUAUGGGAUGAUUAAAUAGAUGCAUAACAUUUGUCUCUUUGGAACUUGCUCAAUUUCAACUUGAUCUCAGUUGAAUAUGUGUAAAUGUGUGGCCAGUUUUAUUGUUACAGGAAAAUACAAAGAUGUGAGAAUAUUAAUUUAAUCAUUUUGCUAGUAAUAUACAAUAUUUAUAAUUUACAUAACAAUUAUGUUAUUAAAUGUGUCAAAUUACAAUUAAAAAUGUAUUACAUUAAACAUAAUUAAAAGCACAACCGAUUAUCUAUCCAACACGCUACAAUUCGAUGAUGAUUUUGUUUUUUAAUUCAAUGCCACAAGAACAAGAGGUAUUAAACAUGGUCACAUUAUUAACAACAUCAAAGGUGCCAAACAACAAUUCUUAAACAAAAUUAUGUUCUUUUCAAACAUGACAUGUUUUCAGUGCUUUUUAGUUUGUUCAAAAUGUUUAUGUAUAAUUCAAAGUCAUUUAUCAAAUGUCAAAUAUUGGGUUUGCAAAGAGCCCAUUUCUUCUUGUGUAUAUGGUAGUUUCCUAAUAAAAUAACUGCACAAUGUAUUGUUGUUUACAUUCCAAAAUGUC